AGUGUAGUUAAGUGUGUAGCACGGGGCAAAGUGCGCGCUGAGUUUGGUAAUAUUUAACAGGUCAGUUUGGGGUGACAUGGCUGUGCACCAGGUACCACCGAGGUAGUAUCCGCCGCGUGGAUCCCCGAGUGCUCGACCACGGAGACGCCAAACUGAGCAUUGAACAAUGGAUUGACUGGAUCAACUGAUGAAACAUGGACAUCAUUCAUCUGCUCCUGCUCCUACUGUCAUGCAUAAUUCAAGCAGUCCGAGGUCAGGUGACGCUGACACCUGAAACACUAACGGUCCUGAAAGGAAAAGAGGCCCGGUUUACCUGCAGGCCCUCCCUCCCCGAGUGGACCGUUAUGGUGUGGCUGAUGAACGGCAAAUCGGUUCUCACCAUCUCCAAUAAGACGGGUGCCCUGAACACUGUCCACCCAAAUGUGACGGCCGAGCAAAGCGGAGACGGCUGGGUGUUUGUCAUCAACAGGACGGAGAGGCACAACGAGGGCUCAGUGGUCUGUGACCUCCAGGGUAUUACUACGAAAACAGCAAACCUGUUUGUACAAGAGACGGGCAGCGUGAAAGUCGUUUUGGACAACAGGUUGGCUUUAAAGGAUUCCUGGGUGCAGUUUGAAUGCCUAACAGCAGGAUGGUACCCUGCGCCCACUGUGCAAUGGCAGGUGAAAGAAAAAGAGGGGAAAGAGACAAAACACAUCAGCAGCAGUGAAACGACCAAACUCAACAUCAUGGCAACGAAGAGCUCAGAUGUGUCUUGUCUGGCGUCCGUGUCUGCCCUGCUCACGCCACUGAAGAGCUGCGCCCGUCUGACAGUGGUUGUAGAGGUGGGGCGGGAGAAGGAGGAAGAUGUCUGCAGCGUGGUGCCCCUGGCAAUAAUGUCCUCCCUCUCUGCUCUUCUGCUGCUCCUCCUGCUCUGUAUCUGCACCGUCCUCUGGCUCAGACGGAGGAGACAAGCACGAGCCGGCACACAGGAGGUAGUAAGGUCCGACCAAUCGGUGAGCGGGAGGAGUUCGGUUGCCGAGGCGACAGCCGGGAAGGUCAACCUGGGAUAUUCUAGUGACGGCCCCACAGAUGCAGUUCACAAUGAGCUAAUCAUGGAAACCUUUAGGCAGGAGGACUUUGUCAGCUUUCACAAGGUCCCUGAUGUCAUAUCCCCCAGCAACCUGUCUCCACACGGGGACGGACCAGCCCAGGUUUGUCUAAAAGAGCAAAACUCCACCAAUACUAGGAGAAUGACAACAGUUUGAAUCAUGAUAUUAAAUAUAAAAAUGUGGCGCCAAAUACAGUACAGUAUUUACAGGUGCCCCCUCACUAGUGUUUAUAUUAUAUGAUGUUGCACAUUUUUGUAAAGUUGUAAGCUAUUUUUAUGUGAUCUAAAACUAUUCUGAAAAAUAUAUUGUGACGCCUCUGACUUUAAUGUGCUUUAAUGUAUGCGUGAAAAACUGUUUUAAAAACAUACUCUAACUUUCCCGAAAAUGUGUGUGAUCCUUUAUGUUCGGCUUACAUGUUUUAGAUGACUAUAGUAAUUUAGAUAUAAACUACAGCUCCUUCUUAUUUUUGCAGCUUUGACCAUGAUUACAAUAUUACCCUCAAGAUAAAAGUUGCAAUAAACCACAACAAACAUUUA